AUGAAUCGCAUGCCUCCCCCGGAAGCGCACCACGCGCAUGCGGGUCCGCAUACAUCAUACGAGCCCUCAUGGCGCCCUUCAUACCCUCCAACUUUCGAUAACCACGCCUCCGACUCCCGCCGCCCCUCCGCAAACCCCCAGACAGCUCUACCUCCACAGCCAUCAGGAUACCCCGUGAUGCCCAACCGUGAGCUGCCACAGUUAACAUCGGAAGGCCCGUAUGGUCGUCCCAAUGGCCAUGGCCUGCCCCUGCAUGCGCCCGUGCAUUCCCCCCAGGACCCAAUUCCCCCUCACCCGAACUUCCACCAGCCGAUGAAUGGCGCGCCGAACGAAGGCUCACCUGAUUAUCGCGCUCGUAUGGGAUAUCCUCCCCCGGAUCAGAUUAACAGCGCUGAACAUACACCCGUUUCGGGCGCUCUGCCUCCUGCUUCACAGUUCAUGACGCCCGUCGCCCAAAUGGCGAGUGCUACGCCGCCUGCCGGGUAUGAUCAGGCAUUUUACCAAAACCAAACGUUUGGAGCACGCCAGCGUAAGGCAAAUAGGGCUACGCAGGCUUGUGAUCAAUGCAGAGCUAGGAAAGCAAAGUGUGACGAGGGACGACCGAAUUGCAGCCACUGUAAAGAGAACAAUCUUGGCUGUGUCUACAAAGAGGUGCCACCGCACAAGCAAGAGAAAACUACUCAGCUGGUAUUAGAUCGACUCUCCCAGAUAGAGAGCCGUAUGGAGGAGCGAGCCAACCGCAUCGAUGAGCAUCUCGCGAAAUGGCGAGAUCAAAUGCAAGAGCAAAUGCGCCUCAACCUGGCUAAAGAGACUAAACAUCCACUUCCGACUGUCCAAGAACGUCCGGCCCUCCCACCACCACCGCCACCAGUCAUCAAGCAGGACCCGCCUCUCAAAACAGAGAUGCCCCAGACCCAGGCCUCACCUCCAAAAGCUUUUGACCCCGGGAGUCAGGAUGUAGGCGCUUCGAACUUUGGGCCAAAGCUUCCACCCAUGGACCCGAGGCUCGACCAGAAGGAGGCCGAGGGAGAGCUCUCCAUCCCAGUAGAGCACACCACUGCAGCUCACAAGCUAUUGAUGUGGCCGUCAAUUAAGAGGCUGCUACACCCUGAGAAAUAUGACGAGGGCUAUGUGAUGCGGCUGGAAGAAGAGCGUGGUCUCAUCAGCAUAUACGGCCAAGGCGAGAUCUCAUACACUGCCGAUGACAGUCAAUUACUAAUGGAUGGCGACUCCAAAGGUGCCAGACCCGAUGGGAAUGGCGCAGGACCGGAUGCCAAUGUUGACAUCGAUGAAUUUGGGAACAUGAAGCUGGAUGCUGCGACUGCUCAGCGCUACUAUGAGAGCUACCUCGCGCACAUGUUUAAGCUGCACCCAUUCCUUAUAGAAGGUGAACUUACAAUCAAGGUCCGUAACUUCAUCCGAAGCUAUUGUCGCCCGAAUAACUCACCACCGAGUUCGGCUUCCAAUUACACACGACCAGCUCGUGAUGGGCCGCCACCAGCCAAAAGGAGGCGGUCAAAUGAAAACCUGGGUGUGCGUGGCGAGUUCAUGGAGACUAUCUCCAACCCGCUGCGGCCACGAGUCGGUAAAAAUAUUGACAACGCCCUGGUCCUGCUAUGCCUGGCCCUCGGAGCUAUUUGCGAAGCUCCUGCCCCUCUCCCUGGGCCUAUCAUGGACAAGAAGAUUGACUAUCUCAGCCAGCCUAUUCCUGCUCCGCUGCCACCAUUCGGCCCCCCGCCGGCUGCAAAUGCGACAUACAUUACCAAUGCCAAUGGUGUGCUUUCCCCCGCAAACUCUGACUCGGCGGGCAUACCGAUGUCAUUUUCGAAUUCUCUUUAUACCGUGCCAACUCAGCCUCCCAACCAAUCUUUCCCCAGCAGUCCGUUCAACAAACGCAUUGAAGGCCUGUCAAGGAGAGAUGUGACAAACGUACGGGAUGAGCAAGGGAACACGAGGAACUACCAGGUCAUUCCUGGUCUGACUCUCUAUGGAUACGCGACCUCAAUAUUGGGCUAUCUGCAGGGUGGCAAUGAGCUAGAACAUGUCCAAUGCGGCUUGCUUGCUGGUCUUUAUGCCGGCCAGUUGGCCCAUCCUUUCCAGAGCCACAGUUGGAUUUCUCAGGCCUCAAGGGCUUGCCAAGUUCUUGUGAGAACCAAGCGAUAUGAGCGGCUCGAAGAGGGGGCUACACAGGACUUGUACAACUUCGCUUACUGGACCUGUCUGCAACUAGAGAGCGACCUUCUCGCAGAGCUGGAUAUUCCAGCGAGUGGCAUCUCCCGUUCCGAGGGUCGGAUGGCUAUUCCAAAAGGAAAAUGGACUAUCGUUCUACCGAACGAUUUCACCGCACCCGAAACGAUGAUGAUGCUGUUUUAUUCUGCCCAAAUUCAUCUACGCAAAGUCUUGAAUCGAGUUCAUACAGACUUAUAUAAGGUCGAAAAGCAAGGCCAGACACGAUGGUCGUCCACCGUUCAAGAGGCUCUAAGCCUAAACCUCGACCUCUGGCGCGACAGCCUACCACACAGCAUGCGGUGGAGCGAAAAUGAUCCCCCAGCAGACGAAAUCAACGCUGCUCGCAUGCGUGCCAAAUAUUACGGUGCCCGGUAUAUUAUCCACCGACCUCUUCUCUACCACGCACUGCAUUACGGCUACACAGGUGCCCGCGUUGGUCCAGUCGGCCAGUCUUUAGUGGACUCGCCUACUUCGCAACAAUUGUCCCCCUCCAUCCAACACAGCGCGGCUCGGGCUCCGAGCAUGGCGCGUAUGUCGAGUGAAAUGGGCUCCAUGCCGGCCGCAAUGUCCACUGACUGGCAGCCCCCUAAAGUCCGUUUCCACGAACUGCCGAAGAAGCUGCAAUAUGCCUGUGAGGUCUGCAUUAGAUCGGCUAUCAAGAGCACGGAGGCUUUUGACGGUGUACGCGGACAUCGGUUGGUCGUUACCAACAUCUUCGGCACUGCCCAUGCGCAAUUCGGCAAUAUGCUCGUCCUAUCUGCAACUUAUAUGUCAAGUCUGAAAGAGCUUGUCGAUCGAGACCAACUCGAUCGCCUCCUCGUUCGCACCAUUGGCUUCCUCAUUCAAAGCGAAAAUAUAUCCCCCACCCUCCGCGCUGAUGCUCGCAUUCUCAGUGAGAUCUACAAGAAGAUCUUCGAUCGUCCUCCUGACUUGCAGCAAGCUACCAAAGUGACCAGCCAGACUCCCAGUCUGAGUAGUCACACUCCAAGCCUGAGCAGUCACACUCCAAGCCUGAGCAGUCACACUCCAAGCCUGAGCAGUCAAACCACCAGCAUGAGCUUCCCUUAA